AGAUGGUAGCAAUGGUUGACGUGACAGAAGGUAAAAAAGUACACACUUAAAUGGUCGGCACAAAGACAGGCCAAGUUUUCCAUAACAUCUAGGCAUCAAACGACAAAAUGGCUCGAUAUUCUGGUUCAAAAGAACUUCAUGGAACUUGGCUGAUAGUCAAUUGUCAGGGUCAUGCAGCAGACGGCAGCAGUUUACAGAGUUUAUUAAAGGGAAUCGAAUUUUCGUUAGAUAAAGGUGGUUCUGUAUUUUGGCAAAAUGAACACAAUGUUGAUUUCCCUCCUUCAUUCUGUGAUACCUAUGAAGUCUGCUCAUCACAUUAUUCAACCUUCCUCCGCUUUGCUGGAUUCAAAGGAAGUGUUAUUGAAUUUCGAAUACAAACACCUUCUAUCCAAGAAUUGGUUCUUCUUUUUGAAUCUUUCAUCAUUUUAACAUGCAAAAGAAUUGCUACCAAGAGCCAAAGUGUUCUUGAUAAUUCAUUCAGUCUUACACAUGCAUUGGAAGAAGGUUAUUUUUCAGAUUUUGAAUUGUGUGCAGCAAAUGGUCAUACAUUUCAGGUACACAGAACAAUUCUCUCCCUUAGUCUAGGUGACUUUGAUUGGCAAUCCUUGAAUGGAUUACCCGAAGCUGUGCUUUCUACAAUGUUACAUUUCAGCUACUCUUACCAUCUUCCACCAACAUUAAGCAGCCAAACAGCAAAAUUGUGCAUUGAGCACUUCCAAAAUCAACCAGCACUGGAAAACCUUGUUAGGCUGUGCCAAUCUUUUCUGAAAAACACAGCUGCACGAGCUGAGCUUCACGGCCUGGUUAACAGCAUUCAUGCUUCAUUAGAACGUAUGGUCUCCUUGUUUGAUAGCAAUAAUGAAGCGGACAUGCUCGUAAAUGCCGCUCGCCUGUGGCAAGCCGUCAAACAAAGUUUAGGAGAGGGUGUCCUAGUUGUCGUUCGGUUUGUCCAGCUGUGCGUGACUUUCACAAAGCACAAAACGGAUUUUUCUUCCGAAGAACGCCGGGAGAUAGUGACCUUUUUUCGUUCCCGUCUACCGAUUUUCGUUUCACAGGUUUACCGCCUCCUGAAAUGUUUUCGCAAUCUUAUUGGUGGACUUUCAGCAAGUCAAAACUUUGUCCUAGCCAGCUACAUAGCACCAGAGGUGGAGGGCGCCUUGUCUGUCAUUUGGGCAUUAGCUGUUGAAUGUUUAAAUAUCACAGAACAAAUAGUUCUUUUUUUCCCGAUCGAAACAUACACUGGUCACCUUAUCGCUGAUACCUUGCUAGAUAAAGAAGCUCACAAACUGAAGAACUUGCACGAGAAGCUUUUACUGGCCGUCAAAUUUCUUUCUCAUAAAAAAGAAAAGUAUACAGAAAUGACUGUAUCUUCGCAAGUACGUUCUGUAAUGAGGAAUAUCAAACUAUUUGUCGAAGAGAUUCCGCUAGUUAUCUUUCGUUUAGAAGAAAUAAUUGCCUCCCUGGAUGAAUCUCUGACAGUGGCUGAAUUUCAAUUCACCUUUUAUAAUGUUUCUUCAAAAAUAAACGAAACAAUUCAUCAUUUGAGAGAGCUUAAAACGGAGCCUAAUGUUCGCGCCUUACUUCAGCAAGUCUGCGAUUUGGUUCAACGAGAAGAAUUGAACUUGUCACUUGUUGCACUUGAACUAUUAGACAACUCUGGACCGUCGACCACACAAUUUGCAGCUUCUCCACCUAAUGCCGACUGCGUUGGAGCCGACUCUUUGCUUACGAAUAGUGAACUGAGUAUGUAUGGUCCAUUGUGUCGCGAGCCGAUGGCGAGCAAUAGCCCGCUUGCACGCCAAGUAUCGCUGCUUCUCGAAAAUAAGAACAACUCGGAUUUAGAAUUUUUACUUCCGUCUGAUGCCGAUACGAGCCAAGUGGUUCAUGCGGUUAAAGCACAUCGUGUGGUACUGGCUGCAAGAUGUCGUUGGUUCCAUCGUGCCCUCUUGUCCGGAAUGCGAGAAGCAAUUGAUAGGAAAAUCACAUUGCCUGAUUGUUCAUCUCAGCUGCUAUCGUUGUUUCUUCGUUUCCUCUAUGGUGACCAUCUGGAUCAAACAGCCAUUAGCAACGAGCAACUAAUAGAAUUGCUAAUCAUGGCCGACCGUUUUGAGGUAGAACAACUCAGUAGUGGUUGUCAGACAGUUUUGACGUCUCGCUUAGACAACUCCAACGUCUUGUGUAUGCUGGCCAUUGCUGACCAAUGGUCGGCUACCCAACUUCAGGAGUCUUGUAUUAGUUUUAUAUGGAAACACGGAGAUAUGGUCGACAAGGAAGGGCUAGAAGAUCUUCCUGCUCAUUUGCGGUCCCAAGUGCAGCUUCAUACGUCAAAUUCCAAUUCAUCAAAGCAUCACUGGUUAGAUUCGUUGCGUUAUGGAAAAGACGCCGACAUAUGGCGGGCCAUCAAUAGUGACCGAAGUAUUAGUAGCCGAAGCAGCAGCAGCAGUUCCAGUAGUAGCAGUAGCAAAGAAAGUGUCGAUCUUUUACAAGAAUUGACGAACGAAAUGCGGAUUGUGGUAGCUGAGGUCGAACAAGAGCAACAAGAACAGCUGCUGGAAAACUGUGUUUCAGCUUUAGAAGAUAUUUUAGGUAGUGAAGUGUCUCGGCCUGAGCUUCUGCGGUUAGCCCUGGCGGCCGACUGUGACAUCAACAGAGCUGUCAACUAUUACCUUUCCCAGCCGGAUACUAGUAAUCUUAGUAGCAAAAGUUCUAGUAAAUAAACAUUCUAUUUUUAUUUUACCCACCAAUGAUGCAUACGUAUUACAUUUCCGACGAUUGUCCUGGUGAGACACCUGCCCGAUGCUUUUUUCCGUUUCUCUAUCCUUCUCUCGCCCAUGCAUCUUCCCCUAUAUCAUGGUUCAAUCAUUUAACUUUAUUUUGUUACGUUUUCCUUCAAGCCUGUAUUUUAUCUGAUCUUUAAUUCAUGAAAGAUCUUUCUAUAAUUCCUCGAUUAAUCUCGUUACCUAUUACGUCGUUUGUGCAAUCGUGGUUUUUAAUUCGACUUUAUAGAAAGGGGCUAUGUUAUUAUCGAAUAUCCCCAUUUCCGCACUAUUUGUUUUUUUUUU